AGUUAAGCUUGGUAGCAUGAAUUUCUACGGGAAACAUAAUCACCCCAAGGCACUUACUGGAAUGCCAUCUAGUGAUCAGCGUUUUUUGCUUAACUUCAUUAUGAGCACUUACUUGGGCCCUGAUGUCUACUCUGAUAACCCAAGGCAUUCAGCUUCACAAAGAUUGGCUGAAGUUUUGCCACCGUAUACUUCAAACAAUCUGGUUCCUUCAUUUAUUAGCAAUUCUCAGUUGGAGAGUUUGUACUACUAUGUCCUGAGGCAUGCUCAUCCCAGGCUGGUUCAAGAACCAAAUAUGCUGCAUUCAUAUCUACAAGGCAACUUACCUUUGCCAAGCUCAGAGUUAUUAGAGGACUUAAGCCAGUUCACAAAUUUUUUCCCUCUAGAUAUUCAUGAGCAUAAAAGAUACUCAGUAAACAAUGAGAUCAUCAAAGGAAUUGUUCUUAUUGAUGAUCCAGUUACAUCUCACAUGAGGGAAGAUGUUGAAAGGUUCAAAUAUUUAUCUGGUGUAGCUGAUUUGAAGAUUGACAAAAUCAAAUCUUUAUCAUAUGAACAUGGAUAUCAGAAAAGCAAAGAUGAUCAGAACAGCAUGAUAAACAGUGAGGAGAGAAUUGCUGGAUAUAUUACCAAUGGAUAUGGUAAUGCAUCAGAAAAGUUUCAAGAAAACAAUAUGAGAAGGCACCAGUUGGACUCUAUGCCAAUGUCAGCUUUCCCCCCUGUCAUGUCCAUGUUAAAACAUCUCGGUCAAGGAGCAUUCAAGAGAACCUGUAAAAGGGAUGGACCUGCCAUGAUGCCCCCCAUUACUGUUCCAAAUGUGGGCCAAUGUUUUUCAGAUGCAUCCAUUAUCUUAAAUGGGACUGCUAAAAUGGGGAUAGCUGGACCACCUAUUGGUGUUUUGGACAUUGGUGUCAGCAAAGUUGCAUACUUCUUCAGAGUUGCUCUGACUGGAGUUAGGAAGGAUUAUUGCGAAUUCAGUUGUGAGAUUGAGUCCAACGGUAAAGUUCAUCUCCAAGGAUCAACCUCUGGUGGAGGGACUAUUAAGAAACAAUCCCCUGUAUUCCAUAUGACAUUCCAGCAAUUGUGCCCGGCUGGACCCUUUACACUUUCGUUCAGCCUGCCAGGACCCGUUGAUCCAAGACUGUUCUCACCAAACUUCAGACCCGACGGCAUUUUUGAAGCUGUUGUGAUUAAACACGAGUCUUAGUACACGGCGCUUAAAGAGUUAUAAUAUGCAGGUAGUUCAAGAAUUGGUGAAGGCGGAGUGUGGUUAUUUCCUGAAGAAUUUUGCCUUGUACCAUUUAGUCAUUCAAUCGCCAUUUUCUCUGUUAAAUCUCUUGACAUGGAAAGAAAAAUUGCCUGGUUAAUGACACUAUUGGCUGUAGCCGGGCAAUGACUAGUAAUGAAGUGGAUCGCCGGAAAGACAAGAAAGUCAACAACCCCGCGGAAGUAGUGGUGGUGAACUUGAAAAUAACCGUGGGUGUAGGCUGACGAACAUCAAAACUAAAGCUUUUAACACUCUCCCAAAAAGUAGAACUUUCGGUCUACUCAGAUAGGAAAGUAAAGCUCAUGUGGAAGCUUCAGUCACAGGUGGGGAAGCAAGAGAGAGAGAAGGAAGCUUGGUUCGACCAGAUAUUUUUCCUCAUUCCCUCGGAAAACUCUCAUGCUGAUGGAGAUCCAUCCGUUGGGGCAUCAUACCCCACCCACACCCAAAUCAAUGCUCGGCUACCUUGUUUCUGAUGACUAGUUGGGAUGAGACUUUCCAAAAAGACGAGGAAGAUGACGGAAGUGGAGUUCGGAUGAGGGGUAAAACCGUCAUUGCAACAUGUAAGAAAUGAUAAACUGAAAGUAGAGGUGGCGCCCGCACUUUUGACGUGGACAUCCCAGUGGGAUGUGUUUUCCUAGCACUGCUGCUUGUUAAUAUUUAAGUGAUAACCCCAAGUGCGAAGUACGAAGCGAUUGAUUCGAGAGGAGAGGACUCUACCGCAGCCAGCCGACGGGCCGCCGAGCGCCUCCUCAUCCUUUCUUCCUCCGCUCAUAAAGGCUGGAUUUGAUUACAUUGCAAGAUUUCAGGGGCAGACAUGUGGCAGCCUCAUAAUGAACCUGCCAAGUACUUCAGAAGCAGAUUUUGAAGCUCCAUGUUUUGACUACUAAACUUACUUUCUUAAUCAAAUCCAAGCUUUUUAAGUCACAAGUAGGAAAAACUUGACAUUUUUUGAAUGAUUUGCCUAAAGUAUCAGAAUCCAAAAACUGACAUAUUUUACUGAUUUCCUUAGCUGGGAAUUGGCCGUUUGAUUUUGUAUAUUUUUCUGGUAGGUGAGGUGCUAAUUGCUUUGUAAGUUUGCUUUUAUGUUGACUUCUGUAAAUAUAUGUCUGUAUAAGAAUAAAAUUAACAUGUCUUCUUAGGAGAAUUCGUGGUGAGGACAUAAUACUUACCUCUCAAAAAAAAA